AUGAAUCCAGGCUGGAUGACUUUAGUUUCUUCUGAAACGGUACUAGUUUUUAAAGACGAAGAUACUUUUCCAACUUUCCAUGUUUCCUCGGAUGUUCCUUCACUAGAAGAACCGGUUAUGAAUCAUACUUCUUGGAAAGAAUUGAAAAAUGCUACUUUGAGCGAAGACUUCAAUUGUGAAAAAAUAAAAGCCGAAGAAUUUGAAGCUGCUCAAAAUGCAGAUGCAUCUACGGAUGUUUCGGCUAAUGAUGUAACAGUCGAGAAAUUUGUGAAAACUCCUAUCGCAGAAACCUAUACUUCGAGUCAUUCGAGCAAGAAACGUAAGAAGUCGGUAGCCUCUGAAGGACCUAUUGAUUUGGACAGGCAAUGUGGAGUAAUUGUUCCACCGAAUAAUACACCUUGCGCACGUUCAUUGACUUGUAAAAGCCACUCGAUGGCUUUGAAACGCGGUGUAUUGGGUAGAUCACAAUCAUAUGAUCUUUUGCUUGCUGCAUAUCAGAAAAAAUCUAUUGGACGCCCUCAAAAUAAUGGUAUACAAAGUAAUAAACAAGACAAUGUAAAGAAAGAUGGAAAAUUGCUUAUCCCCGAGAAAGAGGAAGAGGAGAUGGUCGAUUCCGAAGAAGAAGUUGAUGCCGUCAUGUCAGCAAUAAUGUAUAGUAAUCCUCAGCCACUUGUCACACGACCAGAAUCUUUUGUUCCACAAAGAAACUCGGUUCAAAAAUUAUAUAUAAAAAUAUUAAAGACUUAUACGCCUACUGGAGAGAAAACUGGUUCAGAGGUCGGCCAAGUAAAAGAAUUGAUUUUGCCCUCCGCCCCUAAGCCACCAACAGUCGAUACAAGUGUUUCUUCAGAAUUGUUAUCUUCUUAUGAAGCUGAAGAUUUGCCACCACCCGAAGUCGUUCUUGCAGCUGAAUCUUUAGAAAAACGAUUAAUAGAUAAUUCUACUGCACACGCUUAUUAA